AGUUCAGGGGGGUAAAUAUAAAGAUUUGGAUCGCGAUUAAUAAUCGCGAUCUAAUUUAGGGGAUAAAUGCAAAAUAUUGACUGCGGUCCAUCCACUCCACCUCGCAGCGGCGGCGGCGGCUCCCCGCCGGCCGCCGCCCGAGUUCUGAAGGGCGACGACCUGUCGGGUAUGGCCAUGCGCUGAGAUUUCUUUCUUCGCCGGCACCUCUCCUUGACUCCCUUCGGUCUCUACCGCGGCUCCUCUCAUCACCCCGAGCACCGCCCUGUGCGCGGUGCGCCCCGAUUCCUCCCCACCCCGGAGUGGGUCCGUCUGCUGCGCCGGGAACGCUCCACCGCGAUUUGAAUGGCUCAUGCUUCAGCUGCGUAGUGGCAGGUUCUUGGCACUGAUGCCUACGCAAAUUGAGAACAAUGGGAAUUCACUGAGGUUGAAAGGCAAGCAUGUGAAUUUGCAAAGGUACAGAGCAGAAUGGGAUGCUACAAUGUUCGUCGUUGAGUUGCGGAUGGUCGUGAAGGAAUUGAUGAUGAUUUACAGUAGUCUAACUACAAGGUGUCCCCCAUAUGAGCAAAUACAAAAUCCUGAAGUCGGCACUGCUUAUCACUUGUCAGGGAAUGUUUCCAAGAAGGAAAAGAAAAACUGCAUACCUUGGGAGGAGCAUCGCGUAGCUGUUGAGUUCUUGGUCAAAGGCAAGCGAUCUUUCGGCCUUCUGCUGACAAUAAUUGCUGGUGAGCUGUAUGCCUCUUGUCGUUGUUCACAAGCUAUCAUAUUGCAGCAGCUCGCAGUUCAUAAGAAUACCGUGUACCGGAAUACUGGAUGUCGCAGCGGCAUCCAAGUAGUCAGAUUAGAACAGCUGCAGCUGCAGCUAAUGGUUAUCAUAAAGUAGGUUGAUUUUCUAGUACUACCAUGCAAGCUGAUGUCAUAAAGUUUUUUUUAUCGUUGUUAUUUCCAGUCACUUUUUUUUUUGUCUUCGUCGAUGCGUGCUAUAUAUUUUUUCCAGUGGCUAAACUGUCUAUUUCCAGUGGCUUGAAUUUGACU